AUGGAUAUAAAUAUUUUAAUAUUAUCCCUGCUGAUGCAAGAAAGCUAUUCAAUUGCUAUUGAGGCCAUUAGAUCAAGUAGGGAGCCCGCUCUUCUACUUGCUACAUUGAUUCUACAUUCCAUAAAUAAUCUUCUAAAUAUGGUGAAAGAUCCAAAAAUGGUACCUUUCUUUUUAUAUGGAAGCGCGCUUCAACACUUGAGAGAGAAGAACUUUGAUGGAUUCUGGAGGGAAGUGGACUUUGGAAUAAAGGAUGCGAGAAAAGAAAUUAAUGCACUUUCUACCCAUGUUACAAAUUGGCAGUGGGAUAAUUUUGAUACCUGGUUUAUGGCAAGGACUUCGAGGUUUGAUGAACUUCAAGAUUUCAACCGUGACGUAUAUUCAUUAUACUUAGAUGAGUUAGAAUGUGUGGUAAAAAAGAACUUCUAUGGCGACACCAAUAGAUUAUGGCAGAAUCUUCGUGACUUAACCACUUUUUCUAGAGAAAGGACUUCAAGAUAUAUAUUGGACUAUUUAAUGAAUACUUUAGGAAAUAAGGUAAUAAUAGCUCAAAGAAGUUAUUCUUUUAUUAAGCCUCUGAGUGAUGGUAGGAGUAGAAAGGUUUAUGUAGUUUUCUUAAACGAUUUUAUAAAGAGGCCUGAUGAAACUAUGGAUGAUAUCAUCAACGGUACCAGAAAUUUGUCGAGAGAAUCUAUAGCUUGGCAUUGCAAGCUGUAUGGCCUAUAUUGGCUCUUAACCUUGGUUACGACUGGCAAUACAUUCUAA